CUAGCUAGCUAGCAGGCUAGCUGCCAGGCGAGGGACUUAACCCACUUAACCCGGGUGACACAAACUACUCUAUGUAAGAUGAAUGCUGACGACAAGUUGGAUGGCAUGCUGCUGAAGUACAGCAGCGGAGGGAUAGAUGGAGGAGGGCGAGUCGGGCUGGCCGGCGGAAGAGGACUAGUGGUGAUGACCCUGGGUGAACGGUCACUGGUGAACCACCCUCUCUUGGACGAGGACGAUGAUGAUGAAGACGACGAGGAAGAUGACGAGGAGGAGGACUUGACCGGGACCUCGCUGGUCACUCACGACCUUGUCCCACCAGAGCAGCUGAUGAUGCAGGAGGAGAUGAUGAGGAAUAAUGGUGGUGGAGAAGAGGAGGAGGGAGGAGGCGAGGUGGGAGUGCAUUUCCCCCUAAAACUCACCAAUAAGUUGCCGUGCUUGCUACAUAUGCCAAUAAGCAUCAAGCAGGAAGUGAAGCUGUCUGAACCAGCGGCCCAGAUAAAGAAGGACAAGAAGGCCUCCAAGGACCUGCUGGUGUGUCCCAAGAAGAAGAAAAGGAAGCAGCAUUCACCAGCAAAGAUUCUCAGCAACAACGACGACGAAUCAGUGGGCAUGCAGAAUCCCAAGUGUCACAUCUGUGGUCACUGUAAUGCUGCGUUCAGAACCAACUAUCAUCUGCAGAGGCACGUCUUCAUUCACACUGGUGAAAAGCCAUUUCAGUGCAGCCAGUGUGACAUGCGCUUCAUUCAGAAAUAUCUCCUCCAGAGACACGAGAAGAUCCACACUGGGGAAAAGCCUUUUCGCUGUGAUGAGUGUGGGAUGAGAUUCAUUCAGAAGUAUCACAUGGAGCGACACAAGAGGACUCACAGUGGAGAGAAGCCCUACCAAUGUGACUACUGUCACCAGUACUUCUCCAGAACAGACCGGGUUUUAAAGCACAGGAGAAUGUGUCACGAGAACAGGGAGAGAAAGACCAACAAGGCUGCUGGAAAAGUGGGAGCUUCACGUGAAGCAGAUUCUUUAGGUCUCCCCAUGCUUGCCAAAGAGUGCUCACUGCCCAAGAAGAAGCGGAAGAAGGGUGCAGACAAGAGCUCAGGCGCUUCCUCCACUGUCCAGACGGAAGGGCACAUCAUCGCUGUUGUAGAAACGGAGGAGAAGGAGGAGCAGAGACAGAAAAAAAUUGAAGGUCCACCUCUCUAUGAUGUGACCUCCAAGGUCAAACACGAGUAUGUGAUUGCCGACUACUCAGUGGAGUUUCCUGAAGACACUGCCAGCCACCACCAAGAAGAAGAAGACGUGUCCUCAGAGGAGACGACCCCUCCUAAGCUCGUUCUGAAGAAAGUCCCCAAGACUAGUCUGAAGCAGUCCAGCGAACAGACUCCUCCUUGUCUGUCCACGUUGUCUUCCUUCGAGGAAAAUACCAAGGUCACACAGUACACCUUUGAAAUCGUGAACAAACAAGGCCUUCUAGAAAUGGAAAGCAGCACUGCACUGGAGCCAGUCGAACCCCUUCAAGGUGGACCAAUGAAGCCAGCAGCCAGCAGCACAAACUACGACGACGCCAUGCAGUUCAUGAAGAAGAAACGUUACCUUCAGGCUGCGAUGGCCAACAACAGUCGGGAUUAUGGCCUGAACACGAGCAGCAUCUCCUCCCAGCCGCCUGUUACACAAACCGUGGUGUCGGCAGUCAUUGACGAAACUGUCCCCGUCACCAUUCUGGAGUCGCAGCCAAUCACCGCCGAGAUCAAGGCAGCUCACGACAAGAGUGUGUUACCAGAUGAGGUUCUUCAGACGCUGCUGGAGCACUACUCCAACAAAGCUAACGGCCAGUCGGACAUUUCCUUUAGCGUGGCAGACACGGAGGUGACGUCAAGCAUAUCCAUCAAUUCCGCCGACGUUUCGGACAGCAGCCCCGUCGAGAGCCUCGGAGCCUCCAGCGCCCAGGCCCCCCCGGCGACAGAGAAGGUCAGCCUCCUGCAAGAAUACUCCAAGUUUCUCCAGCAAGCCCUGGAGAGGACCAGCCAGAACGACACCUACCUGACCAGCCAGAGCCUCAGCCUGGUCUCUGAAAGCCCCACGCUAGCCGGACAGCCGCUGUUCUCCACCGAGAAACAGUUUCCUUCCCCCAGCAGGUUCAAAUCAGGAAUGAGCUCCCCGCUGAGGUCCCCUUUAGACAAACCUCACUUUGGAUUACUGGUCGGGGACUCCCAGCACUCGUUUUCAUUUUCAGGCGAUGAAACCACCCCUCCCUCCGCAGUGUCGCCCGCUGAGGAGGACUUUCUGGAGCAGGUCUCGCCCUCUAAAAAGACAGAGUCCUCGCCGGGAAUACUGCAGACAUUUCAGAUAAGCUCCUUCGAUCAGAACUUCAAAACUCACUUCCAGACAUCGAGAUCUGGAGCCUCCGCACAGUUUACUGUAAACAACGGACAAGUAAGUCUCCGGGCACACAGCACGGACUUCGCAGAGUUCCCCUUAGUCAGAGUCACUGAGACCAGAUCUCAUCUGAACUCCUCCCCAGACGUUUCAUCCAGUGAAACAUUUGGCUGA